GCGAAACAUAACACGCACAACAACGAAAGCUGUGGCCGCGAGUGGUGUCUUCCGUCUUUGCGUUGCUCAAGUGACAAUAUACGUUUGGAGGUUUUUUCCUGUGGUCUAUUUUUUUUUGAUUAAAAAGAAUCCACGCGUUAGCAACCCGCAAGUUAGCAUCCGGACCCGUACUGCCGGCAGGUAUGGUGUAGUAUCAUGUCCACCAUCGAGGAACGUACAGCGUACCUAGACAAUCCAUACUUCAAAGGACACAUCUACGGGAACUUUAACCCGUUCUACGUUACGAUUGCCAUCUGCACCGUGAUCGGUGUGCUAAUCAUCGUGCUAAACAUCGUGUGCGGUUGCUGCUCCAAGCACAAGCAGUACUGGCAGGACAGACAUACGGGGAAUCGGUGGUUAGUGUCAUUUUGGUCAGCUACACCGCAUAAGCAACCGCCACUGGAUUUGACCGAGCUGAAAGACGCCAGCUACUUCCAACCAGUCAACCCCGACGUUGAACGCCCGGUGGAGUACACCGUGUCACACCAUCGGCCCCAGUACCAAUAUCCACCCGCUUCCGGCCGUGGAGCUUCCCCGCAGGGCUACCAGCAUCGUGAAGAGUACGUGGAGUUGCAGAAGCGUGAAAGCGACAUUUAA